CUCAAUUAUUAAUUAUACAAAUUACAUAAAACAAACAAUUUCUCUGUUCUCGGUUGCACCAACCCGCAACUUUUUCCUACCGUUCUCAUACUAUUCUACGCAAUCUAAAUACCAGUAGUUAGAGAGAGUUUCUGUGUAAAUUCAUCCGAUUGAAUCUGUGAUUUUGUGAUUAAGGGUUACGUUUCGUAUAUCGUUAUCAUCAUGUCUUGCUCAUCGUCGUCGUCAGGAUCGGAAGAUGAGGAUGAGGGCUUUGAUUCCUACAGAAAAGGAGGCUACCACGCCGUUCGAGUAGGCGAUUCAUUCGCCGGUGGGCUAUACAUCGCCCAGCGAAAACUGGGCUGGGGGCAGUUCUCCACCGUCUGGCUCGCCUAUGACACUCGAUCAUCCAAAUAUGUUGCUCUGAAGAUCCAGAAAAGUGCUCCUCAAUUCUCUCAAGCUGCUGCCCAUGAAAUUGAGGUCCUUUCAGCCAUUACUGAGGGUGACCCCGCAAACGUUAAAUGUGUCGUGCGGUUAGUGGACCACUUUAAGCAUGCUGGCCCAAAUGGGCAGCAUCCAUGCAUGGUGCUGGAGUUCCUUGGUGAUAGCUUACUGCAGCUGAUCAAGUAUAAUCGGUACAAAGGCCUUGAAUUGAAUAGAGUUAGGGAGAUAUGCAAAUGCAUUUUGACUGGUCUGGAUUAUCUACAUAGGGAACUUGGACUAAUACACACAGAUCUUAAACUUGAAAAUAUCCUUCUAUAUUCCACCAUUAAUCCUACCAAAGAUCCUACAAGGUCAGGGAUGACCCCUAUUCUUGCAAGGCCCGAAGGGAACCCUAAUGGCGGAGCAACCAUAAAUAUUAUUGAGAAAAAAUUAAAGCAAAGGGCACGGAGAGCAGUUGCUAGAAUAUCAGAAAGACGAGCUUCUAUGGGAGGGUUUGCAGCUCCUCCAAAGCCUUCUAGGCGCUUGGAUGGAAUUGAAUUGAGGUGUAAGGUUGUGGAUUUCGGAAGUGCAUGCUGGGCUGACAAGCUGUUAGCUGAAGAAAUUCAAACAAGACAAUAUAGAGCUCCUGAAGUUAUACUCCAGUCUGGUUAUUCUUUUCCCGCAGAUAUAUGGUCAUUUGCUUGUAUUGCCUUUGAACUUGCCACUGGUGAGAUGAUGUUUACUCCCAAGAGUGGACAAGGCUUCAGCGAAGAUGAGGAUCACCUUGCUUUGAUGAUGGAGCUCCUUGGAAAAAUGCCUCGAAAGAUAGCCACAAGCGGGGCUCGAUCCAAAGAUUACUUUGACAGAUAUGGGGACCUGAAGAGGAUUCGAAGGCUGAAGUACCGACCACUUGAUAGAUUUCUUGUUGAUAAAUUUAACUUUUCUGACACUGAUGCUCGCGAGUUUGCUAAGUUUCUUUGUCCCCUACUUGAUUUUGAGCCAGAUAGGCGACCAACUGCCCAACAGUGCCUGCAGCAUCCGUGGCUCAAUGUAGAAAAUCUGACUCAGGAUGAGGUAAAAAGUGCAUCCAGUGUUGAAAAGAUGAAUGUUGGAAUGACCAACCUUCAAAUUAAGGUGGGUAAGCGAUAAUAGUAAAUAAAGACGUUCUAAACAUGUUUUGAGUUUUGCUUCUGGUUUACUUUUCGGAACUUUCCGAAACCUUCAUAGACUUUGAUUUGUUGACAAGCUAAAAGAUGUAACUUGGUAGUAUAUUGUUAGCAUGAGGAAAUGACAUCAAUGUGAAGACACUGACCGAGAAUCUGAUUAUCAAGCUCAAAUGCAUGCCAGAUUGUAUAUAUAGCUAUGUAUAUGCUCAGGAUGCUUGCUUUAUUGAUGUUGACAUUGAUUAAGCAGUUCAUGUGGCCCAAAAAAGCGAUUGCCCGCUCUUUUUUGGGGACCGUUUGAGAAAAGGAUCUCAACACUUGACUUGGCCACAGAAUUGGAAACUCUUGUAUGGAAAAACAUGGGUCGGUGAUCUGAAAGCUGCUAUUCUAAGAACUAUUUUGUUAUUAUAAGGAAGAAUUUUGUCACAGAAUGCCAGUGCCUCAAAGAUGUAGGGAUUUUAAUACCCAAUUGAAGAAACAGGCUUCUGUGUUGUCCCGCUUGAGUGGUCCUUUGCAGAUGCAGCGGAUAGUAGUGCGAACGCAGUUUGAUUACAGUUCACAUCUCAUAUUUUGCUGUAGAGUUGCCAACAAUUCUGAUUCAUUUUGGUGUUUUCUAGAAUUUAUAACGCUAAAUAUUAUGUUAUUAUAUAUUUGGAAUAUUCGACUAUAGAUUUCUCUGUGGAUUUUCCUACUUGAUUAUUAUUCUUUCCUACAUUUUAGGGUGCUAAUAUAAAAGUCCAUGUUUAUUGUAAA